AUGGCUAAGAAAGCAUCGACACAAAAAAAGACAUCGACUGUCAAGAGUUCAGGUAGCAUAGCAAAGAAAUCAGCAUCUAAAGCUGCUGCUACCUCCAAGAAUAAAGCCGUUGAAAAAGCUGUCAAGACGGUUGAAAAGAAGAAACCCGAAGAAGAAGACAAUAUCAAUGUAGGAUCCAGCUCAGAAGAAGAAGAAGAAGAAGAAGAAGAGAAUGCUGCUAAUUUUGAAUAUGAAAGCAGUGAUGAGGAGGAUGAUGAGGAAACAGCUGCAAAGAAACUGAAGGUUGAUCUGAAGGCACAGAAACAAAAGUUCGAGGCUGGUAAGGCCAAGGCUAAGGAAGUUGCGGCAGCUGCGACCCAAAACGAAUCUAAGAGUUUUGGCAAGAACUUUUCUUACGAAAGCAGUGAUGAGGAGGAGGAAGAAGCAGAAGAUAAGGAUACAGAGAUUAUUGUUCCUGAGAAGAAGGAAGAUACUGGUGAUAAAAAGACCAAGGAACCCCGGGGUGUUCUUUACAUUGGCCGUAUUCCACACGGUUUCUAUGAAAACGAAAUGCGCGGCUACUUUGAGCAAUUUGGCACCUUGACCCGGGUGCGUGUGUCUCGUUCUAAGAAGACUGGUCGUUCGCGCCACUACGGCUACGUUGAGUUUGAGCGUGCUGACGUUGCUGCCAUUGUUGCUGAUACCAUGGACAAUUAUCUUCUGUUUGGUCACCUUCUCCAAGUUAAGCCUAUUUCUGCUGACAAGGUGACUCCUGAGCUUUUCUGGGGUGGAGCGACGGUUGUUGCAGGGAAAGAUGGUAAGCCGUCGACUCUGCGGACAGCCAAUGGUAAGAUUUUCCGUCCAGUCAUAUCAUCGGAAGCCAACUGGCACAGUAGUGAUGUGGGCCGUGCUGCUAAGGCUGCACACAAUGUUCCUCGUUCUCAAGCAUUCUGGAAUGGGCUUGAUGCUCGUGCUGCUGACCGUGCUCAAAAGACUGAGCUGAAACUGGCGGCAUUAGGUAUUAAGUUUAGUGCACCAACAUCUGAAUCUCUGGGAAAGAAGGAGGAGGCUGUUGCUGUUGUUAAGAAGACUGUGGCCACUAAGGCUAAGACUACUAAAGCCAAGGUCACAAAGGCUGCUGCGAGCCCAGUAUCUGUUCGUCAAACACGUAGCAAAACCAAGAAGACUGCGGCGUAA